UCAAGCAACAAUAUAACGAUACGAAAACAGGCCCACACACGGUAGGAUAAUUACACAAUGGCUAGGGACAUGUCACGAUCGCACAUACAGCACUAGUAAAAGUACACGCGACACUUCGGAGUUAACACUAAAAACAAUUACACCCUGGGCCAUUUACAGUGGCUCACGAGCAUGCCGGGAUAUGGUGUACACUAUUAUGACGCCACAGGGCUGUCAUGCCAUAGGCAGUAUAUGCACUGAAACCGUGUUACUUAAUGAAUGCAUCCAUGUAGGCCUAUUUAAUGUUGAAAUUGAGUGAUGUGCCCAUGUGGCAUAGAAAUCCCAUGUCAUUUCACUGAGCGCAACAUGUGUAGAUAAUAUUCUCGGCUUCCGUACAAUAAUACGGCAUAACCUGUAAAAACACGGGUAAUCUUCUUUCUGCAUAUUGGCUCGCAUUCGCUUAUGAACAGACCUUUGUGUUUCCUCUCAGGCAAAACAUUUACCUUGACUUUCCCCCUGUACCUGCAUUUAAAGGGGAAUGUAGCCUGAAUCCGUAAUGUAUCCGAGGCCGUUUUCGGGGGCUUCUACAGCGGCGUCCUUUACAGUGUGUAUCCUUGAAGGAGGCCACUCAAUAUGCAGGCUCCGGCAAGGCGGCGCUGGCUUUCUGAGUGUACGUCUUCUUAGCCGCCGCGAGUCCCACCAACCAUCUGUCUCUCGUCUAGAGAGAUUAAAAGGAUGAGUAAGAGAGUGACGCAGUACAAAGGCAGAAGGGCGUUAGUUCUAAUGAUCUGCAUCAUUACCCUGUGGGAGAAGGCGGUGGCGGCCACAGGCAGCCAGAAAGUGCAGCACGUCCGGACUGGGACCUGCGAGGUGGUGGCUAUUCACCGGUGCUGCAACAAGAACAAGAUCGAGGAGCGAUCGCAGACCGUCAAGUGCUCCUGCUUUCCCGGGCAGGUUGCCGGAACCACCCGAGCCGCGCCCUCCUGCGUCGAUGCCUCCAUCGUGGAGCAGAGGUGGUGGUGUCAAAUGCACCCCUGCUUGGAUGGAGAGGAGUGUAAAGUUCUGCCUGAUCUCAAAGGCUGGAGCUGUGCCACUGGUAACAAGAUCAAGACCACCAAGAUUUCCUCGGACAGAGACCAGCUUUGGUAACCUUGGCAUCACGAACUUGCAGUCCCAGGUAGAGUAAUGCGACGGCAUCAAUCAACUGUGUAGCUCCAAGUUUACUGUAAAUAUAAGUGGUUGGCUGAGGUGAAGACCCCACAACCUCUUGGCUACUGAGAUGAACUGAACAGACCACAUGGAGCGGCUUGGAGAAAUGCAAUGAAAGAAGCAGCGAUCAGGAAAGGAGACUGUCCUCUACCGUUCUAUGGUCUUUGCAGCAUUGGACAAGUUUAUGUCUUUUAUAAACAAACGACCAGUUCUUCUCAUAGUGGUAUUUCUAAUGGUAAUCCUAAAUUGUCAUUAAGUAUGGUGGUGAACCAAACAAUUAACAACACACAUAUACAUAGUAACUAAGUGCUGAGUUUGGUUAUGAAGCUUCUCUCUCUAAAAUGCAUUAUGUGUAUAAGGAAGCCUAGCUGAUCCCCAAAAAUGUUUCUGUUUUAUGAAGAUGAAAGGAUACAUAGUAAAACUGGCUUUAAUUUAAAGAGCCAGAUUAUUGAAAGCCGAUUAAUUAAUAUAUAUACUUAUUUAAUGAUGCUUUUUCAGCUGGUUGCUUUUAUCUUUACCUCGCUGAUGCAUUUUUACUUGUGAAGUGAUCAAUAACAUUAUAUAAUAAUAAAUUAUGGUUGUAAUCAUUU